AUGGAUGCUGCAAGUAAAGUUUUGUUUUUUAGAAACCUAAAUAGAAGUAUAAAUAUUUAUUUGAGAUGUUAUUGCGAUAUAUUACCUGCAAGUGAAACAAUAAUAAUUAAACGUAAAAAUAACCAUAACCUUAAAAAAGAAGAAGUGCCGAUUGAAUCAAAAAAGAAGAAUACUUCUGAUGAAUUUAGAGUUAAUGAUGUUAAUAUACAAAUGGUCUCAAAAAAUAUUUAUCAGCAACUCUUCAAGAAUUCCCCAAAAGAAUUAGAUCCUAAUGUAAUCAAAAGCUGCCAAGAUAAUCUGCUUAAGCAUGGAAUUAAUUACAAAGAUUUGAGUAAUUUACCAGAUGUUGAGUUAAAAUUACCACAGUUAGAAGGAAGUGAUGUUGUAGAACAUUUUUACAAUAUUGGUGAAAAACAAAGUGCUCCUUAUAGAAAUUUGUUAAAUAAGUUAACCAUUUCUACUCUGCCUCCAUUACCAAAGAACUGGUCAAGGAUACAUGGUUGGUGCAAAUACACUAGUAAUGGUCCACCAGAGCCUGUUCCAUAUCCACCUGACAGUGCAUUGAUAUUUGAUGUAGAGGUCCUUAUGUCUGCAGGCAAAAGGCCUACUUUAGCCUGUGCUGCUUCUGCAGAAGCAUGGUAUGGAUGGGUGAGCAAACCUGUUGCAAAUGGGGACCCACAUGAAUAUUUCGAAAAUGUCAACUAUGAAGACUUGAUCCCAUUAGAGACUGAUGGAAAAAAUAUAAGUAGUGAAAUUAAUAGGCCUAGAAUUGUAGUAGGUCAUAAUGUAUCAUAUGAUAGGUCUAAGAUUAAAGAGCAGUAUUGGUUGAAUAGGACAGGUGUGCGUUUCAUGGAUACAAUGUCAAUGCACACAUGCAUAAGUGGUGUAACAAGUUACCAAAGAACAGUGCUAAAAGCGAAAAAUAAGGAACCCCAUCCAUCUGACGAUGAUUGGAUAGACAUAAGCUCGCUUAAUAGUCUCUCCGAGGUUCACAAGUUAUAUUGUGGCAAACCAAUAGAUAAGCAAACUAGAGACGUUUUUGUUGAAGGCACUAUGGAGGACGUUCAUGAAAGCUUCCAAACCCUCAUGAAUUACUGUGCGGGUGACGUUAUAGCGACACACAACGUACUAAAGGAAAUACUGCCAAUGUUUCUGGAACGAUUCCCACAUCCUGUCACGUUUGCUGGUAUGCUUGAGUUAGGCACAGCAUAUCUUCCCGUAAAUUCAAACUGGCAACAAUAUAUAGAUUCGGCAGAAACCGUAUUUGAAGAUCUAAAACUGGAGUCGCGGCAGUUGUUGUCUCAAAAAGCAGAUGAAGCGUGUCGGAUGAUGAAUGAUGAUGCAUACAAAAAAGACCUUUGGAUGUGGGAUCAGGAUUGGUCGACGCAGAAACUAAAAUUGAAAAAAGAAACUGCCAAAAAGAAGAAAAAACUUGGUACAACUCCGGACACAAACAAUCAAAUUACAGAAAGUACUGAAGUCGAAUUAAAUCAAAUAAACAAACAAGAACUAAACACGAAUAAAGAGUAUGAUCUUCUAUGUGAGGAAUACAUAAAGUCAACAGAGUGUGCAGAUUACGAAUGUAACAAGCCAGAUACAAAAAACAAAAUUGAAGAACUUAGUAAAAAGUUUGCAUAUCUCUAUGAAAUGGGUCGUCUGUUGCCAGUGAAGAGACCAUACUUAGCCGGAUAUCCAGCUUGGUAUAGAAAGCUGUGUACAAAGCCAGGAAAAGAUCCAGAUUGGGUACCUGGGGCUAAUAAUAUUACAACUAGUAUGCAGAUAACACCUAAGCUCCUCCGUUUGACGUGGGAAGGGUACCCUUUACACUACAUUCAGGGUGAAGGCUGGGGCUUUCUAGUCCCAUUUAGCAGAAUUCAACAGGAGACGGACGAAGAACCGCGGUUACCUUUGGAACAGCUUCUAGAAUCAUGUCCGUUGGUUCAAACGCCUAAAGAACUUGAUAGUGAAUUGUAUGUGUUGCCUAAGACCGUUGAGGAGGACCUUAGUAGACGUGCGUACUACGCAAGGAAAAAGGUCGAUGAACAGGCAGCUGCAAAUCAAUAUCACGGCUUGGGCGUCUGGUGUGGAAUACAGUUGCAAGGCUGCUGUCACUUUUUAAGGUUACCCCAUAAAGACGGCCCAAAAUACAAAGUAGGCAACCCCCUGGCGAAAGAUUUCCUGAACAUGUUCAGUCAGAACGUGCUGUCAGCGCAGGGAAACGAAGCUGAGAAGGUAUUAACUUUCGCGCGCAUGAUGUCUUAUUGGCGGAACAACCGCGAGCGAAUCCGCGCGCAGCAAGUUGUAUGGCUGCCGCCUCAAUGUCUACCCGCUGCGUUACGCGAUAACCGAGCUUACGGCGCUAUUAUACCGCAGGUGGUUGUAUGCGGCACUCUCACAAGGCGAGCUAGCGAACCAACAUGGAUGACCGCAAGCAACGCGCACAAGGAACGUAUCGGCUCGGAGCUACGUGCGAUGGUUCAAGCACCGCCCGGGUACAAGUUUGUUGGCGCUGACGUCGACUCACAGGAGUUAUGGAUAGCGGCACUCUUAGGAGACAGUAGUCUCAGCAUUUGCGGCGGAACCCCAUUCGGCUGGGCUGUGCUCGCUGGGGACAAAAGUCACGGCACAGAUCUGCAUUCGCUCACCGCUAAAGCAGCAGGCGUAAAUCGGGACCACGCCAAGGUCAUUAACUACGCACGGAUAUACGGGGCCGGACAAAACUUUGCCGAAAGGUUACUGAAACAGUUCAACCCUACUAUGACAAUAUCGGAAGCGAAAAGCAAAGCGGCAAAAAUGUUCACGUCCACAAAAGGAAGGAGAGUGUAUACGCUGAAGAAGAAGUAUAUGGAAGGUUUAAUGGAUGAGGAUUUGGAAGACAAGGCGAUGGAAAUGUCAGCGUAUCAAGCCAUGCGCUUGGCGAAACUGAGCGGCAAACAAGUUGAAGACAUGUUCGAGCGACCAAAGUGGGUGGGGGGCACCGAGUCUGACAUGUUCAACAAACUGGAGGAGAUAGCCGAUUCGGAGGCGCCCGCGACGGCGUUCUUAAGCGGUCGCUUGUCCCGUGCUCUGGAGAAGUCCCGCUCACGUUGGGGGGGCACGCGUCUUAACUGGGCCGUGCAGAGCGCCGCCGCGGAUUUCCUGCACCUCAUGCUGGUCAGCAUGGCGCACCUAGCGCCGCACGCCAGAUUUUGCCUGAGCUUCCAUGACGAAGUACGGUAUUUGGUUCCGGAACAUCUAAAAUACGAAACCGCAUUGGCUCUGCACAUCACUAAUCUUUUCACCAGAGCAUUUUGUUCUCAACGGGUGGGCAUUAACGAUCUGCCCCAAUCAGUAGCGUUCUUUACAUCUGUGGAGGUGGACCAAGUUUUGCGGAAGGAAUCUAAUAUGUGCUGUACCACGCCUUCUAAUCCGCACGGUUUAGAAAAAGGUUACGGAAUUCCAAACGGAGAGUCACUUACUAUUUUUGAUGCCAUUGAAAAAUCUGAAGUAAAUAAAUAA